AUCUCCUGGCUAAGGCUGCUUCUUCCACCGCCCUCCGCCGCCAGCCGCGCGUCUGGCGGUAGGUGCGUUUGCUCGGCUGUCUUUCGGGAGUGGGGUUGCUGUGCGCGCGCGCGCGCGCGCGCUUUUUUCUCCCAUUUUUAGCCACUCGCCCCACUUUCUUACUCUCUCGCUCUCUGCCUCUUUGGUGACGAGGUGGCCGGCGGCCGAGGGUGGUGGUUUUCCAUUCGGGCUUGCUCUCCAACCGCGGCGUCCCCAGCCGGCCGGACUUGCAGGCAACUUCCUGCAAGUGUGGCCGGCUGGGACGUUGCGGUUGGAGAGCCCGCUCCUCGCGCCCCGGAGAGCGAGCCAGCCAGCCAGCCAGCCGCCCAGGCACGUCGAGCGAGUCGGUCUCCCCCUCCCCACCCGCCGCCCGUGCAGGCACGCGAGCAGGAGAGGGUCCCCAUCCGCGGCCGCCUCGUGAGCAAGGGAGCGCGCGGCUGCCCCGCGCCCGAAAAGUUGCCACAGGCGGGGCCCCGCGCGGCCGCCGUGCGGCCGGGGCUCCCCUGGCUGGAGACGGCCCUGCCUCGGCGAAGCCUUUCCGUCCCUCAGAUUUGCCAGUUCGGGAUUAGUUGCGAAAGGAGGAGGAGGAGGAGGAAGGUGUGAGGAGGGGGAGAGGAAAAGCCUUCAGACCAGCCGCACUGUAGCUCAGGGUUUUGGCCGGGCUCAAAAGAAAUCCGUCUCCCUUCUUCGGGACUCGACUGUUUUUUCCCUCACUGUCGUGAAAGUAACUUUCCCUGAAGAACUCCGUAGCAGGAUAACAAGCAUAAUAGGAUGACAUCUCUUCUGGAUCCCAGGAUUAAACAAGCUUUGCGGAAAAAGCCAUCGGAGAGGUCUGAAGAGGAAUUAAAUAUUAUCUAUUACUAUCUUCAUGGAAUGGACAUACUGUCUCAUCUCAGGGAGCAUCAGUUGAGAAUUAUGACUUCCAGUGCACGUUACAAAAGGUAUGAUGGAAAUCAAGUUCUGUUCUGCUCAGACACUAUUGCAAGAUGCUGGUAUAUUCUACUGUCUGGAUCUGUUCUUAUGAAGGACUCCAUGUUUUUGCCACCCUGCAGUUUUGGCAAGCAAUCUGGAGGAAAACGAGGUUGUGAGUGUAUUGUUUUGGAACCUUCCGAAAUGAUUGUGGUGGAUAAUUCAAAAGAGAAUGAAGACAAUAUUCUGCAAAGGGAAGUGCCACUUCGACAAUCUCGGCGGAGGUUUAGGAAGAUUAAUCAGAGGGGAGAACGCCAGACCAUCACUGAUAAUGUGGAUGUUAGCAGCUACCUUUCACUUCCGGCUGACCUUACGAAAAUGCACCUCACAGAUGGUCAGCAUCCACAGGUGACACAUGUCCCUUCAAGUCAAUCUGGUUGCAGCAUUGCAAGUGAUUCUGGGAGCAGCAGUUUAUCUGACAUCUACCAGGCUACUGAAAGUGAGAUGGGAGAUGUAGAUUUAACUGGACUCCCAGAAGCACCAGUAGAUUCUGAAGAUGAUGAAGAAGAAGAUGAAGACAUUGAUAGAACUUCAGAUCCAUUGCUGGGACGGGAUGUUGUACGGGAAUGCCUUGAAAAAGAACCUGCAGAUAAAACUGAUGAUGAUAUUGAACAAUUACUGGAAUUCAUGCAUCAGCUUCCAGCAUUUGCAAACAUGACCAUGUCUGUAAGAAGAGAACUCUGCUCAGUGAUGAUAUUUGAGGUGGUAGAACAAGCAGGAGCCAUCAUCCUUGAUGAAGGGCAAGAACUUGAUUCUUGGUAUGUCAUUUUAAAUGGCACUGUGGAAAUCAGCUAUCCAGAUGGGAAAACAGAAAGCCUCUGUAUGGGAAAUAGUUUUGGAAUUACUCCCUCUCUGGAAAAGCAAUACAUGAAUGGUGUGGUUAGGACCAAAGUAGAUGAUUGCCAGUUUGUGUGUAUAGCCCAGCAAGACUAUUGGAGGAUUCUGAACCAUGUUGAGAAAAAUACACACAAGGUUGAAGAAGAAGGAGAAAUUGUUAUGGUGAAGGAGCACAGAGAACUGGAUCGCAGUGGAACCAGAAAAGGACAUAUCGUUAUUAAGGCAACUCCUGAACGCCUCAUUAUGCAUUUAAUAGAAGAACAUUCUAUUGUGGACCCAACAUAUAUUGAAGACUUUCUAUUAACAUACAGAACUUUUCUGUCAAGUCCUCUGGAGGUUGGAGACAAACUCCUGGAGUGGUUUCAGUUAGACAGUCUCAGGGACAAGGUCACUCGAGUUGUGCUACUGUGGGUAAACAACCAUUUUAAUGAUUUUGAAGGGGAUCCAGCCAUGACACGAUUCUUGGAAGAAUUUGAAAAAAACUUGGAAAAUGCGAAAAUGAAGGGGCAUCUCAGGUUAUUAAACAUUGCCUGUGCAGCAAAGGCAAAGUUAAGACAAAUCACAUUGCAGAAGCCUUCUAGAGACUCUCCGCUUUACUUCAGUCUCCUUGGAGGAAGUGAAAAAGGGUUUGGUAUUUUUGUAGAGACGGUGGAAUCAGGAAGCAAGGCAGCAGAAGUUGGGCUUAAACGUGGUGAUCAGGUAAUGGAAGUAAACGGGCAAAAUUUUGACAACAUUACAUUUGCAAAAGCCACUGAAAUCUUGAGGAACAAUACUCAUCUUUCCAUCACAGUCAAAACAAAUAUUUUUGUGUUCAAAGAACUGCUUAUUCGUAUAGGACAAGAGAAAAAUGGAGUCCCACAUAUGCCCAAAAUAGCAGAAAAGAAAAAUAAUCGUUAUUCUAUCCCAGAUAUUCCUGGUGAUGUAGAACAGAUGUUUCCACGUGAGAAAGGAAACAAGAAAAUCAAAGCAAACACUGUUUCCGGUGGAAGAAACAGAAUCAAGAAAAUUCUAGAUAAGACACGGUUUAGCAUCUUACCUCCAAAAUUAUUCAGUGAUGGCAGUGUGAGUCAGUCACAGGAUGACAGUAUUGUGGGAACAAGACAAUGCCGACAUAGUUUGGCUAUUAUGCCUAUUCCAGGAACACUCUCAUCCAGCAGUCCUGAUCUCUUGCAGCCUACUACCAGCAUGUUGGAUUUUUCUAAUCCUUCAGCGGUUGGUUUUUACUACAUUCCAGAUCAGGUUAUUAGAGUUUUCAAAGCUGAUCAACAGAGUUGUUACAUUAUCAUCAGCAAGGAUACUACAGCAAAAGAAGUUGUAAGCCAUGCAGCACAUGAAUUCAAUCUGACAGGAGCCCCAGACACUUACUCUCUGUGUGAAGUUUCUGUGAGUCCCGAAGGAGUUAUCAAGCAGAGAAGGCUUCCUGACCAAUUCUCAAAGUUAGCAGACCGAAUUCAGCUCAAUGGGAGGUAUUACCUGAAAAAUAAUAUGGAAACAGAGACUCUGUGCUCAGAUGAAGAUGCUCAAGAAUUGCUAAGAGAAAGCCAAAUUUCCCUUCUACAGCUGAGCACAAUUGAGGUGGCCACUCAGCUAUCAAUGAGAGACUUUGAAUUGUUUCGGAACAUUGAGCCUACUGAAUAUAUUGAUGACCUCUAUAAACUUGAAUCUAAAACAGGAAAUGCUAACCUGAAACAGUUUGAGGAUGUCAUUAAUCAAGAGACAUUUUGGGUUGCCACAGAAAUUUUAUCAGAGCCAAAUCAGCUCAAAAGGAUGAAGAUCAUAAAACAUUUCAUCAAAAUUGCUCUCCAUUGUCGAGAGUGCAAGAAUUUCAACUCUAUGUUUGCUGUUAUAAGUGGUCUUAAUCUGGCACCAGUAGCUCGACUCAGAGGAACAUGGGAAAAGUUACCAAACAAAUAUGAGAAACACCUUCGAGAUCUUCAAGACCUUUUUGAUCCAUCUAGAAACAUGGCAAAGUAUCGCAACAUCCUUAGCAGUCAGAGCAUGCAACCUCCAAUUAUUCCACUCUUUCCUGUUGUCAAGAAAGAUAUUACGUUUCUUCAUGAAGGAAAUGAUUCAAAGGUUGAUGGUUUGGUAAAUUUUGAGAAACUCAGAAUGAUUGCCAAAGAGAUUCGUCAAGUCAUCAGAAUGACUUCUGCUAAUAUGGAUCCCGCUGUAAUGUUCAGACAAAGGAAGAAGAGGUGGAGAAGUUUGGGGUCACUAAGUCAGGGCAGCACAAACUCAAACAUGUUGGAUGUUCAAGGAGGUGCUCACAAAAAAAGGGCUCGACGCAGCUCCCUACUAAAUGCAAAAAAGCUGUAUGAAGAUGCUCAGAUGGCCAGGAAAGUCAAACAGUACUUGUCCAACUUGAAUGUAGAAACGGAUGAAGAAAAGUUCCAGUUAAUGUCCAUUCAGUGUGAACCUGCUUAUAGCACUUUGACAAAAAAUGUAAAUGAACGGCGAGGUGCAAAAGCUGCAGAAAUGUCUCCAAUGCCACUGAGGUCUGUUGGUCAAACCACAAAAGCCCAUUUACACCAACAAAACCGAAUGAGUCAAGUCCUUCAAGUUCCAGCUGUUAACUUGUAUCCCAUUAGAAAAAAGGGACCAGCAAAAGACCAUGUCACUUUCAGUUCUCCGCAGAAGUCCCUGAGUUUGUCUGAAGAAGCAAAUAGUAAAAAACAAACAGAAGACAAUAUAUCUAUGGCUUCUUCUUUGCAUUCCAGUCCUCCUGCAUCUCCGCAGGGUUCUCCACGCAAAGUCGGUAACCCCCAGAGGUCUGAUAACUGCAGUCAUAUUAAUCUCUCUGGCUCAUCCUCAUCUUUGGCCAGUGAAACAAGCAACAAGAACAGUGGACAACGCAGCUAUGGCAUAGGCUAUGCCCUGAUUCCAUCUGCCAAAUCUGAGAAUUUUUCGGACUCCAGCCACAGUGAGAUCUCGUCACGGUCCAGCAUUGUGAGCAACUGCUCCGCUGACUCCAUGUCUGCAGCCCUUCAGGAUGAAAGGUGCUUGCCUCAGGCUGUGGUGGUGGUAGAUUCAAUAGGAACCGUGGAAAGGAAAGAGCACCUUCAGUCAUCCUCUGAAUAUAACCAGCCUUGCCCUGGUUGGCCGCUGCCUAGACCUCCAGUGAUCCGAGGGCUGCCUGUUCCAUCUUCCUUGAGCACGGAGGAGAUUUCCCAUGAGCACAUCACAAUAGAAGCAGCAGACAGUGGUCGUGGAAGCUGGACCUCUUGCUCAAGCAGUUCCCAUGAUAACUUCCAAAAUAUCCAGAACCAGAAGGGUUGGGACCUCUUAAACUCUUACCGCCACACUCAUUUAGAAAGAGCCAUUGCUGAAGUGGAACCGCCCAACUGUUGUCCUGAGGAAACUCAUUUGCAUCCCCACCCUCACUCAAAUAAUAGGCAGUCCAAAUCUGGCAUGGACUUUGACCAGUCCCGACAAAGCUGGGCCUCGUCGAGUUCAUUGUCGGACACACAUGAAUCAAAUUAUGGGACGAUAAAACGGAGAGGACUUGACGGCUUAACGGCAGAGCAAGCUGAGGUUUUGGACUCCAAAGCAGGCAGUGAUACAAAUUACAAAACUGUCACUUCGAGUACGGAGCGAGGCCUCAUAGUGUACUGUGUCACCUCACCUAAGGAAGACAAUAGGUAUAGGGAGCCACCGCCCACCCCACCAGGAUAUAUGGGGAUUUCAUUAGCGGACAUAAAGGAAGGAUCACCUCACCACCCACACCUAAAACCUCCCGACUAUAGUGUGGCGGUGCAGAGGUCCAAGAUGCUGCAUAGCAAGCUCUCUAGGCUCUCCUCCACUCCUCUGAGUAGCGAAGCUGUGGCCUGUUUUCCAGCGAAGAUGCCUCAGUGGCAUAGCCGACAGCCGUCCCAUCCUAAGCUAGCAGAUAUGACUGACGCAAAUAGUGAAGAGGAUGAAGAUGAACAAGUAUCAGCAGUCUAGCCUUCGUGCUUCCUGUGAAAAUUGCCUCAGUAACAUCAAGAGGAGCAACCGUACAAUGCUGUUGGUUGUGACUGACAGCCUGCUGCUAUUGACUUCGAAAUGUUUGGAUUUGCCUCUCUUCUGAACAAUGUAAUGAAUCUCUCUGGAUCAUAAUUCUGAACUCAUGUGAAUUCCCUGAGAUCAAUCCCACACCGUAAGGAAAUAUUUAUAUCUAAGACAGACAAUUCUAAGGAAUUCUGACCCUGGAGUUUGGUGACCAGUAUUCGGAAGGACUUACCCUUUCAUACAUUGGGACCACCUCGGAAGCAUUCCUCUAUAGAAAAUCUAUAGAAUCUUUUAGUACACUUCAGUCAAAUCUUUUCUAUAUGGCUGUUAUGACUCCCAGUUGAAGAAUGUCAUGAUCUGUACUUAACAGAAACUGCAAAACUUUGGCAAAACUGUGGAAAUGUCUGCGGCAGUCUGAAGAGUAAUUUAUUAAUUUGGAGUUUAUAUAAGGGUUUUCUUUUUCUUUUGUUUUUGUUUUCUUUGUUGUAUAUGUAUUGGAAUGCUCUGGUUGGCUAAUAUGAUUGCUUUUUAAAAGAAAAUAAGAUGACAGAUUUAUUUAGGUGUUAGUGAAAUGUCGUAUGCUAAGCAAAACACUUUGGACUUCUGAGGAACUGGAUGUUCAUGAGUGCAGCUAGAGGUUUACACACAAUGCAACAUUAAACCUCUUGUAAAAUGCCAAGCCCCUGGGAUGUAUAUUAAGUGUGCUUUAAUGUGCAUCCAGUAGUGGAAUACUGCCAUCUGUUGGUCCUGUAUUUUAAAAUCAGUGAAGUACAUGUGACUGUCCUUUCAACUUUCAAAUGACUUGAGGACUGUACACACAGUUCUUUUUGCUUUUGUUUUCCUGCCCUCCAGUCUAAGUGAAUCAUUAUGUCUGUUGUAUUUAAGGCAUUGUCUACUGGGAGCCUCUCAGGUGCAAGGUCCAAAGUUUUAAAAAAAGGAAGAAGCACAAGGAGAUUGUUGUUGCAUGUGAACCAUUCCCCAAAUUUUUGAGCUGCAUCCUGUUCAGCAAGUCUUUCAUUGGAGAAGUUCCUUCUUUUGGCACUAGCCUGAAGUGUGCAGAACUUAAGAGUAGGAUCACAGAAAACAGAACCAAUGCUAAAUUUCAGUUCUUUACCAAUAGGAUAUCAGUAGAACUAUUCCAAGCUGCAGAGAAUGAAUUGACUCAAAUCCUAACAAGAAUAUGCCAGCAAAUAUGGAAAACCAAACAGUGGCCCACAGACUGAAACAUUCAAUACCCAUUCCAAUCCCCAAGAACGGAGAUGCAAAAGAAAUCAACAAACGUAGGACAAUAUGAAAUAGAAACACUAAUUUCCCAGACAAGCAAAGUAAUGUUCAUAGCGUUGCAACAAGGAACAUUGCCAUAUAUGGAGCAAGAAAUGCCUGCUGUUCAACCUGGAUUUUGAAAAGGAAGAGAUACUAGGGAUCAUACCACAAAUAUUUGUUGGUUACUAGAGCACACCAGAUAAUUUCAAAAGAUCAGUCUGUGCUUUAUAGACUACAACAAAGCCUUUGAUCGUGUGAUUCACAAGAAAUUAUAGAUGAUUCUGGAAGAAAUGGGGUGCCCCACACUUGAUCAUCCUGAUGCAUAACCUGUAUUGUGGAGAAGAAGCUAUUGGGAGACAGAAUAUAGAGAAACGGAAUGGUUUCUCAUAUGAAAGGUGUCAGACAAAGGUGUAUUUGAUCGCCUUAUCUUUUUAAUCUGUAUCCAGAACAUAUCAUCAGAAAAACUGGAUUAGGAUCAGGGGAAGGGGUGCAAAUUGAUAGAAGAAACACCACUAACUUAAGAUACUACUGGCAGAAACAGCCAUGACUGGAAACACCCUGUAAGGAAUGAAGUGAAAGAAGAAAGGGUACAAGGAGGACUGCAGCUGAAUAUUCAGGAAAAAUAAAAUUACCACAGAAGAAUUACAGAACUUUCCUGUUGAUGUGGUAGAAAUGGAAAUUGUGAAAGAUUUUAUAUAGCUCAGUCAUCAACUCAAAUGGAGAUUUGUAGCCAGAAAAUUUGAAGAAGACAGACUUAGGACAGCAAUGAAGGAACCAGAAAAGAUUCAGAGGCAGGAUGCUGCACUGGAGACCAUAGUCAAGAUUCUCCACACUUUUGUAUUCCUCACAUCCAAUAUGGAUGUGAAGAGCGAACAGUGAAGAAAUCUUACAGGAAGAACAUUUCCUUUUAAACAGGGUGUUGGAGGAGAGUGUUGACAAUACUCUGGACCAACAGAAAGACAAACAAGUGGGUCUUAGAUCAAAUCAAGUCAGAGCUUUCCCUAGAAGCAAAAAUGACAAAAUUGAAACUCUCAUACUUUGGGCACAUCAGGAGAAGGCAGUUGUCUCUGGAGAAGACAAUCCUUCCAGGGAAUGUUGAAAGCAGAAGAAAAGGAAGAUCAAAUAUGAGAUCAGUUGACUUCAUUAAGGAAGCCACUACUUGAAUUUACAAGAGCAGGACAAGGCUGUCAUGGAUAGGAAAUUUUGGAGAGCUUUCAUACACAGGGUUGCCAUAGGUCAGAGAUGACUUGACGGCACAUAACAACAAACUUAAUAGUAAUAGUGGUAAUAUCGUGUAUAGUAUAGAAGGCAUGUUUGGUGGGAAAUGUUUCCUUCCAUUCCAGAAGUGGAAGCUGUUUGCAGUAACAUGCUGUGCCCCUGAUCAGACACACUUCCUGUUUUUAUGAAGUCAUAUGAUCCAGGAUGAAACCCUGUAUUUGGAAAUGUGUAUAAGGUUGAGACCUGCUAAGGUAUGGCUCCAGUUAAACUUUGUACUUCUCAGACCUCUCUGUAGCUACAACGUCAUGAAAUGAAAUAUGAAAAGGCAAAGAUACUUAGUUUUCAGGAAUCAGAGGUUAUCACUGAGUUUAUGCCCACAGAUAGCUUGGAGUAUUUGCACACCAGACUGCUGUAUCUUCCUGUUCUUCCAACCAGAACUAAAGUUGGUACAAUCAGCUCCUAGGUCAUCCAAGAUUUUCUGCUAAACAUAUAAAAUGGUUUAGGGCUUUUACAUAUCACAUACCCUGCCCUUAGUGAGCCUGUAAAAAGAAUCAUAUAAUUGAGUGCCAUCCAUAAGAACUGGCAUAUACCACUUAUUCAUUCCCCCAUAGGGCAGCAUAAAAUGAGAGACAGAUGGGAGUUGUGCUUGCAGUUCCUCUGGGCUUUGGAUGUCUAUUGAAGCAGCAACAGUUCUUACCACUCUCGGGUGCUCCAAAACCUUAGCAUGACUGGAAGAUCAAACUCUCUCCCUUGUCCCAAGCGUGUGUCCUGGGCUUCAGUGAUGCUGGAAACAGUGGUCUUGGAGCACCUCUGAAUGAAAACCAGUGCAGCUGAGGCCUAACAGCCUUUCCUUCUAUUGAUCUUAUCAUUACCAUUGUUUGGAGCUUUUCUCGUGUCUUGUGCAUCUUCAGAAACAAGACCUUGCCCUGAUCCACAGUUGAGAAGGUUACUAGGAUAGUAUUUCCAAAAAUUGCAGACCCUGGCUCAUAUGUAUAGUACACACACUCUAUGCAAAGGUAAAGGACAGAGCAAAGUUUUUGUUUAUAAUUAGGCUAAGUUGAUAUUAUAGCUUUACUUAGCCAACCAGAGUACAUGGAAAAAAACUGGAGUUAUCUGCAUUUAUUUUCUUCCUCUAGCACAUGAUGAUGGCCAACCAAACAUUAGAAAUAGACAUGAAUGUGUCAAUGUAUAUUUCAAGUUUACUUGUAAAUAUUACUAUCAUAAAAUGUUUACAAUUGAAGCUAGAAGGAUGAUGUUUAUCAGUUUUAAAGGUGCCUCAGAGUAACUUAUUUUGUACACUUCAAGUUAUAAAGAGCUUUCAGAUUUUCUUUUGUGUGUGAGGCAAAUGCAGCAAAUUCUGGAAAAAUCCAAACACAGGUACCAAAUAUUAAAUUUAACAGUUUAAACUGUCUGUAUGCAUCACCUGUUUUGAUUUAGGACAGUGCUAAUUAACCAGAGGGUAUGUUUAAAGAAAUGUGUUGUGUUCUGAAAUUUGUGAGCCUGUUCGAGUACUCCUUCAAUGCCUUGUAACACGAAAUUACAAACCAGAAAAUAGAAGGAAGUGGAGAAGCUAACUAAUUCAUCAUUUAAUUGGCUGACUACAUGUUAGCACGCUAGCCUUAAGAAUCUGCUUAGCUGAGACAUCAGUCCGCUCUCCAUUUUUCCCUUUCAAGGCCUUAAUGAAAACAAUCAACAAUGAAAUAGUAUUACAAUCUGACUCAAGUUGGCACCCAUGAUUGUGUUAACUUGGCAAAACCCAAGCUCAGAUUUCCUGCAGAAUUGCAUUAGUGGUCCAUCGAUGUAGGAUGCAUUCCCAGUCAAUUGUGCCCAUAGGCUGCAGUCGUAGAUUGCCAUAGCAGGAGCAGGGAAGAAGUGUACACUCAGCCAGAUAGGUUGUUAAAGUUCAUCCUUUGCUUGACACCCAGCAGAACGGGCGAACUGCCAGUGUUGAACUUGCUCAUUCCGCCGGCUGACGAACUCAGUGCCUUUAGCUGUUGGUGCACUCCUGACCAGAUGUGCCGGGACUGUCUCGGAAUGGGGCUACACUUGCCAAAAACAAGCUUGUACACCUCCACGCCUUAGCUCCCAGCAGGCCUAGUUCACGUGUGUAUCCAGUGAUGUGUAUGUGCUAGCUUCAUGUAGCCACAAGCAUGAGAGAAAACAGGGUGCUUGGAACCAAUAGGAGAAUCUCUCAGUAACGUCAGAUACUUAUUUCAGCUUAUAGGAACGAAACGGAAGGAGUUUAGGACUGCUUGAGGGUGACCCUUUGAUGUUGCAUAAGCCUGAUGCUCUGCACAUAGACACAAUUGUAUGUCCAGGUCUAACUCACCUCGCCUGAAGUCCAUUGAGCCAGCUAUUUCACAUCUGCGACCUUCUUGAAUUUGGUGUUUUCCUGUCCACAGCAACAGUAAUAUUCAGUGUUCAAGUACACUGGUUUUAAGACCAAUGCCUAUCUUGUUAAUCAUGUUUUCAUAAUAUAAAGCCCAUAUAGUAUAGAUAUGCUCUGGAGUAAGUAUUCUCUGCUUCCUAUUUGCACAGUGUGAAUUGCCUCAUCUGUCUUUGUUCUUCAUUUGGUUUUUGCUCCUCCCACCCUUUAAUUGGCUGAUCACAUUGAUCAGGUCCACUAGCAAAAUGAAAUGAAGGUUGGGUCGGGUACAAAGAGACAAAACCACUUUUCUUUUAACCAGUCCACAUUAAAAGUCUGCUUAAUCCUAUUCUAUGCUGUUUGCAUAAACUUUACUCGUAAUGUAGUUGAGCAUGUUACUAGCAUGUUCCAUGCUUUUGCCCCACGUUAUAUAAUUUCACCAAUCCUAACUUGAAUUGUGUUUCAAAUGGCCAUGUCCUCUCUGUACAUAUCGUUUCUGCUUUGUUCAAUAUAGUGUGAGGAAAUGGUCUCCAGCUAAAUAGGCUGUAUCUGUAAAGCGACUAGGAAUAUUUGGAAAUCUCAAACAUACAGCCAGUGUCAGGUUUUGCUUCCAUAUAGUUACAUAAAUUGAGUGGCUAGAGGGGAUUCUCUCUCUCAGUACAGUAGUCAUGACCUGUCUGUCCUUUAAGUUUGCCAGCUGAGGCCUACUGAAUGAUGUUGGGUUUAUAAUGUUGGUGGAUCAUGUUGUGAAAAUAUGCAUAAUAUUGGGUAGAAAAAAUUGAGUUGGACUGAAGUUUUCCAAAUUAGUAAUUUGAAAGUGCACAUCUGUUAUAUGCGCUUCUCUUGCCCUAACAGAUAUGGUAGCCUGUGGUAAACAAAGAUGUUAGCUUUUCACCUGAAGACUAGGUUUAGGGUCAACUUUUUCCUGCUAAGGUUGGAGGAUUUUGCACGGACAUUAGUAGAUCUGGUUUUUAUUUAGGCCUUUGAAAGAACUUCCUAGAAUAAGAUCCCUGCUGUAGAGCUAGGCAAUUCUUCAGAAUGAGGGAUAGAGUAUCCUACAAGAAUGAAUUUUCUCUAAUAGAUUUUUUGAGGAGGAAUAACCAGAAGAAAAGAAAGCUAGUCUGUCCAAUAUGUCAUUCAGAUAAUUUAUUUAUAGGCAACAGCACAGCUAUCGGUCUCCAUAAUACACAUUUCCUUAAACAUAAUUUAAAACUAAUACGAAUUCUCAUGGCCUUCAAAAACUGAUCAGGAAGAAGGGGGUAGCCUCUCUUUGACAGAAGGCACGGUCCAUUGUGGUUGACAGUAACUCUCCAGACUUGGAGAAUUGUGGGCAUCUAGUGGACAGCAGAAGGAAUAUGGCAGGUAUGAUUGCUUCCAUGCACACCUUGCCCUCCACAAAAUUCUUCUUUCUUCCUUGCCUCACAAGAAUGAUUGGCUGAGGCACCACAAAACCCUUUAGAGGAUGGCGGUGAGCCGCAUCUUCACGCCCUGCCUCCCCGGUGCCCUCCCAUGCCAGCCUGGUGGAAAACCAUGCCAGCUGGGAGGGCUAAGGGGGAAUCCUCCGAGGACUGUUUUUCCAAGGUCAGAACUGGGGCUCUGACCUCUCUUGUGGUCCCACCAAACGAUGUUGGGAGGCCAUGGGGUUGUGCCAUAAAUCCUUUAACGCUAACUAUUCAAAAAUGGAGUGGAAAACAAGUUUGAUCCUUACUCCGCUUCCCAGCUCCCCUGCUUUGGUUGUGCUUGCCAUCAACUUGUCUUUAAUUUCUUUAUAUAUACAUGGGAUGCAGUUUAGCUUGGUAUUAAUGACAUUUUACAUAUGUGAGCAUAUGGGCAAAAACUGCACAGUUGUAAUGGUAUUCCGAUAGCAAUUGUCAAACUGCACAAGUUAGUGAUUGUAAAGUAUUCUGUAACAAGCAAUGUUUGUCUUCUAUUUUUUGAUACCUCUUACACUUAUGUCUUUUAGAAAGACAGUGCCUCUGUAUGCUUUUUUGUAUUUUUACUGAGUGAUUGUAAAUAUUUGUUAUAUUUUUGGUUAAGAGAAUGUUUAAAAGUACUGUUUAAUAUCCAAUCUACUAAUGUUGUUGGAACCAAUAAACAACUUAACAUGG